AUGACGUGCUUGACCGAUCCGGUUCUGCUCGAGAAGUUCGAUAAGCUCUUCGCAUGCAACGUCGGUGACUACGUCGCUCUGCCGCAGCUCAUUGCUGUCGGUGAUCAGUCCAGCGGCAAAAGCUCGGUUUUGGAGGGAUUGACCGGUCUCCCCUUUCCUCGCGAUAGCACCUUGUGCACACGGUUCGCCACUCAGAUCAUAUUUCGCCGAGCCACCGGCCAGGUUUCGCGCAGUAUACGGGCGUCCAUCAAGCCAGCGCCACAGUCUCACCCCGAGUGCGUUGCAAGACUGAAAGCAUGGUCUAGGUCAGAGUCGGCAUCUCUGGACCCAAAGGCAUUUUCGGACAUGAUACACGAGGUACACACGGUGAUGGGUAUUCGAAGCCUCGAAGACCAGUCGAAGCCAACGUUUUCUCGACAUGUCUUUCGCCUGGAGAUCAGCGGCCCUAACGAAGAUCACCUCGCUGUUAUCGACGUGCCAGGCAUUUUCAAAAGCGUGACGCCCGGAGUAACAACAAAGCACGAUAUCGAUAUGGUACGCAGUAUGGUUCAAGAGUAUAUGAGAAACCCUCGCUCCAUCAUACUGGCUGUCGUUCCCGCAAACGUCGAUGCCGCGACGCAGGAAGUCAUCGAGCGCGCCCGCGAGGCCGAUCCCGAAGGACAGCGGACUCUUGGUGUGCUCACAAAGCCUGACCUGGUUGAUCGUGGCGCCGAACAACAUGUGUUGGACCUAAUAGCUGGCAAGACAAUGCCUCUUAGGCACGGCUGGGUCCUGGUCCGCAAUCUGGGGAAGAGCGAACUCGCUAUCGGUGAUAAGACCCGCGCGGAAGUCGAGGAAGAGCUCAGAAUGAGGGCAGGCUGGGGCCUUGUGCCAGCCGACAGGUUUGGCAUUGAGUCUUUGAGACAGCGGCUGCAGGAAACGGUCACAGAAAAUGCUCGACGGGAAUUCCCAAUGGUACGCAUGGACAUCAACAAGAAGCUGAAAGACACCAAGGCCGCUUUGAUAGCUCUUGGUCAGGAACGAGUCAACCGCAGCCAGCAAGUCGACUUUCUACUAGAUCUUGUGGCCAAAUUCCAGGAGAUCAUGGCAAAUGCCCUCCGCGGCAACUACGGCGCAAACGAUAUCUUCGACAAGGUCAAGCGCUUUCGCCUGGCAACCACGGUCAUCGAUCGGAAUGAGCAGUUCAAGUCCGAUAUGACGAAUCUCGGACAUGUAUACCGCUUCCGCACCGACACCGAUACUGGCCCGCAUCCAGUGCUGAAACUCAAAAACAACGAUGACACCAAUGAGGAAAACAUGGUCAGCACCCGCAAGAUUGACACCCGGCUCGAGCUCAACGAUGCUCUCAUCGAUCCUGAGCUUAUCAACCCUCCUGUCGAAGACGAUAUCUAUUCCUGGCUCGAGGCCGAGUAUCUUAGUUCUCGCGGGUUUGAGCUCGGCACUUUCAACACCUCUCUAUUGCCGACCGUCAUGAAGAAACAGUCUAGUAAAUGGGGAAGCAUCGCACUUGGAUAUAUCAGCGAUGUUAUCGCCGUAGUCAACGCGUUCAUCGUCAGUGUCUUGACCGAUCUAUGUAACGAUGGACGAAUAUCUCGUGGCUUGCUGGCAAUCAUGAUGGACGAUUUGCAGAAGAAGUACGCAAACGCAGUGGCGCAUACCCGAUUCCUACUAGAGAAUGAACGCAACGAUACUCUCAUGUCCUUACACCCGUCAUUCACGGAAACUCUGCAAAGCCGUCCGGACUCAAAGAUGCAAAAGUGCAUAACCGACAAGACCUUUAGCGCUGGCAACGUGGCUCUAGGGAAGGUGGUCCGAGUCGAUGAUAUCAAGGCUGCCAUGCCGGGCAUGAGCAAUCGCGACUACAUGGUCCAGCAAGUCCACGACAUUUUGCAAUCAUACUAUAACGUCGCUCAAGCGCGCUUCAUCGAUAACGUCUGCAUGCAGUCUGCCAACUACUUCUUACUGAGUGGACCAAAAAGCCCUAUGAAACUUUUGUCCCCAACCUUCGUAUACCGCCUGUCAGACCAAGAGUUGGCGGAUAUUGCUGGAGAGGACCCCGUGAUUCACAGGCAGCGGUUACAGCUUUCGAAGGAGAUUGAGGAUCUUGAGGUAGCCAAAAGGAUCCUUCUUUGA